CAAGACACCUCCACAAGAAGGUAUCAUGGGAAGCAAUGCAUAACAUACACACCAUUAAAACAAGCUAACUUUCAACGCAACCAAUUCAACCAAUUGGGCUAUACUAUUGUAUAGUACGAAAUCAUAUGUACCACCGUAUAAUGAACGCGGACAGCUGCCGUGGGCUGUUUGUGCGUGUGGCUGUGUGGCUGAUUGCUGCGACAACCAUCGCGUUCUGCUUAAGCGGCUAUUUCACCCACUACCACGUCAAGCUAUAUAAAGACUACGAAGAAGUGCUCACGGACAACUGGGACGAAGCGGAGGAGGGCGAUUUCGAUGCGUACGAACGAUUGCUCGUGUGCCCUGUGACCAGAACAGACGACAUCCGCAUCGCUUGUGUGGGCGAUAGCAUAACGCGUGGCAAUGGGUCAUUUGCCGAAGGCGUGGGGGGGCACGAGGGGGCCUAUGAGCGAGGCAACUAUCCAGCUGAGCUAGAUGCCAUGCUGAAUACACAGUUCCCUGAUAAGAAUGUCACGGCCAGAAACUAUGGCGUCAGUGGCGCCCAGACACUUAUUGCUGGUGCUGAUCUGCCAUACUUCCAUACAAAGACCCAUCUGCUGGCCGUAGCCUUCCGUCCUAAUGUACUCGUGGUAAUGCUUGGCACUAACGAUGCCAAAGUCACCACAUGGAAUGAUGCGACGCGUGACCAGUUUAAGCGAGAGUACCUGCGACUACUCAUGUCAUUUUCAUACAGAUAUGGUUGCAGACCACAGACGUGGCUUAUGGCGGCACCUCCGGUCAUUAAGGACAUCUUUGGAGUCAGUGGCAAAGCACUGCACCAAGAUGUGAAUCCAACUAUACGGAAUACGAUUGCGCAUCCGCGGCGCAAGAAUAUGCCUCUCAUCGACAUGGAGGAGCUGUUGGCGAAGGAUAAGACGAACAACUUCUAUAUUGACGGGAAGGAAGACGGAGACCAUGGAGAUGGACUACACCCAUGUCUUGUGGGAACACAGCGCAUGGCCAGGGCAGUGUACGACCACUUAAAGCCAUGGAUCACCAACCUACCAGUCAAUGGCACAGCACCCUUCUAACGCAAAUGAACAGAGAUACAAGACGAGGCUAGUAG